AUGUAUGACAGUCAAGAUCUAGUGGAUGUAACCCUUUGUGUGGAGAAUGAAUCUUAUCCUUGUCAUCGUAUUGUCUUAGCAUCCUGUAGUCCCUAUUUUCAUGCUAUGUUCACACAUGAUCUCACUGAAAGUCGACAAAAUAAGAUCCGAAUUAAUGGUGUUGAAGCAGAAGCUAUGCGGUUGAUAAUUGAGUAUGCAUAUACAUCUGAGUUGGAAAUUACUGUUGACAACGUACAAGCCGUUAUGUUGGCUUCCAAUAUGUUCCAGUUGUUAAAUCUAAGAGAUGCAUGUGCAACUUACAUGGAGAAGCAUGUCACAUUGAAUAACUGCAUCAACAUCUACUUCUUUGCAUCCGCACACGAAUGUGGUAAACUACAAGAACUUGCAAGGAAGUUAAUCUUUGAGAAAUUUACUGAAGUUUGUAGAGAGGAAGAGUUUUACAACUUAAGUAAAGAUAAAAUUGUAGAUGUCAUAUCCCAAGAUGAUAUCAAUGUUGACCGAGAAGAAAUAGUCUAUGAAGCUGUUAUGACUUGGGUGAAGCGUGACCUGGAAGGCCGCAAAGAUGAUCUACUUGAAGUUAUCAAGCAUGUUCGUUUUUCUCUUCUUAGUCCGUAUUUCAUUCACGACUGUAUGGAACGUGAACGUCUCAUUUAUUCUUCCAAACCAUGUCAACAGAUCUUUGAAGAAGCAUUGCAGUAUCAUCUACUAAAGGAUCGUAGACCUAACCUGAAGCUUCUAAGUAACAUGAAUGUCAACACUCGACGAGGCAUGCCUUUCCGUGAUAUGAUUAUCAUCCUGUCACGCAAUGAAGUUUCGGAGUCUGCAAUUGGCAAUGAUAACUAUCGGAUAAAAACUCUUCCUGAUCUGAUAGAGCAUCCAGAGUGUGUAGUUAUGGGAGAGAAUCAGAUUUUUGCUGCAGGCAAGCAGCACCUAGAUUUUAGUGCCAGAAGGAUGCACCGAAGGGGAGGUGGGCUCUUUCAAUAUGAUCUGUUUGAGAAGAAAUGGUUAUCCCGUGCUCCAAUGGCAUUUUCACGUACCCACUUCCGAUUAGCAGUUUUGGAUGGUCUGAUUUAUGCAGUUGGUGGUGUUGGUCCUGAUGGUGUGCUAUCAUCUGUUGAAGUUUACAGCCCGCAAACUAACUCAUGGCGUUUUGUUGCACCAUUGCCCAAUACCAUCAAGGGGCACUGUGUGACUGCAACUGGUGGACAGUUAUAUGUCAUUGGAGGUGAAUGUGAAGAAACUAUAUUAGACACAGUCAUGUGCUAUAAUCCCAGAACUGAUAUUUGGUCCAAUGCAGCCAACAUGAUUCUCCCAAGAUGCAGUGCAGGAGUUGCAGUUUUCAAACAAGAGCUGUAUGUGGUUGGUGGGACAGUGUCAUUGAUGAAUGAUAGACAGUCAGAGAGUGUCUUGAAAUCAGUAGAAAUCUACAACCCAAUAAAUAACGAGUGGCGUUUUGGACCAGAGAUACCUGACGGUAGAUGUUCUUACCAAGUAGUCAACUACAAUGGUGCCUUGUAUGCAAUGGGUGGUGAAAAUGGUGAAGAAGAACCAGAAAACCGAGUAUGGAAACUGGAGUGUGAGAAGAAAGGAUGGGUUGAUGAUCAAGUCAACUGGCCUAAUAUAACACCACCAUAUAACUGUGUCGUUGCAAGAAUUCUUAGAGACGCAUAAUGAAUUUUUACUCAUAUGGCAAUGUCAGUUCUACUAAUAUGAUUAUAAAUUCGAACUUGAUGGUUAACGAUUGAAUAACUGAAGAAAUAUUGAUUCUAUUCUCAGUGCCUUACAUUUUAUUUAUUUACAGAUAAAUCCCCUUAGUCAUAAAUAAGUCACUUACAGUUACAGGGUACAUCAUGAGAUUUUGAACCUUUAUAGAAAUGAACACCAAUGAGAAGUUUGACCGUCUUACCAGCAUGACAUCAUUACUCACACUAAGUAUUUCUCCUCACCCCUGUACAGUUUUAAAUUAUGUCCUCAUACCAGUUGCAGUAAUGCUAAUGCUUGCUAAAUAGAGUAUUCAUAAUAUCCAUAUUUUUAUGAUAGAAUUUAAUUGUAAAUUAUAGAAUUAUGUAAAUAAACAAAUUAGGUCAAGUAUAAUUGGUUAAUAAUGUCCAAUUGGUGAUGGUUGGCACCAGUUUUAAUAUACGUAUGUAUUCUCAGUAAUUUGUAAUAUUUUUCUUUUCAUUGUUUACUGCAUUGCAAUGUAGGAAAGGGUGACACAGAAAAAACAUUUCACCAAACAAAGUACAGCUAGAUUUGAUAAAAACAAAAACACUUGUUUUAUGAUCUUUUAAUUUUUUAGAACACCAAAUGUGAUAACCAUGAUCAUGUGACAUAUGCCAAAUUAUAUAGACAUGCAGUAUUUGAGUUACUGAGAAUACCAAUAUAAGUUCCACUUAUUGUUAAUUAUGUUAAUCAUUCAUUUAUUUAUAAAUUCCCAAGUGAUCUCAUCCCACUGAUACCUGCCUAAAGGAUACACUCACCUUUAGUUUUCUGUAUUUCUCUCAACAUAUAAUGUGACAUAACAGGUUUUGAUGAACAAUUAAACAUUUGGGGUAAAGAUAAAAGUUUAUUUUAAGAGAUAUUUAGUUCAAAUCUGACAUCACUUCCUGGGUCUCAACAUUAAUUAAAUAAAUAAAUAAAUACCAUGUCUUUUUUGAACAUAAAAGUCUUUGUCUUUUUGUCUUCUAUUUAUUGAAGCUAAUGUUCAUUUGGGCCAAUACUAGCAAAUUCUAGGAAUCUUAACCAUGUUCAUGCUUUUGGUUUUAGAAGGCACCUGCAGGCUAAUUAACUGUCUACUCUUGUUCAUAAUGACUUGUUCUAAUUAUUGUGUGUACAAACAUUUAAUCGCUUACUUUCAUGAUUGGGCCUUGAUCAAAAUCUGAUGUGACACCAAACUGUUCAAAGGGUUAAAGAGUAAUUACUGAAAAUAUUGUAUUUCAAUCUUAAUUGUUUUACUUUCUAGAUCUGGUAUACGAGUAGAAUGUUGUAAGGUGAAACAGGCACACUGAUAUGGGAUUGGUAUCAUCAUAAUUAUACUUUGAUUAUCUGAAUGUUGCGAGCACAUUUAUGUUGAAAUAUUAAAUGCUGUAUCAAAUAGUGGGAAAGAAAUCUUCUAAAAACAUUUCUUUGUUUUUGGGAAUUCAUUGCACAUUAUUGUGACCAUAGCAAUAUAUUUUUAUUAUGGCAACUGUAUUUUACUUGCACACUUUGCGACAACCACCUAUGGCAAGUGUAGCUGUAUAGGCCAUGGAGCUUAUUUUAUGAUUGACUGACACACUGUCAAACUUUAAUGGA